CCGGCCGCCACGGCGUUAAAUACAACAACAACAACAACAACCUAUACCUAUCGCAACAAGUGCAUAGAACAUCGGGAUUGCUGAAAUUGAUGGUGAAAUAGCGAUGAGAAGUCUAGUCCCAAACGGCCGCGCUCGCCAAAGUUCAGUCUCUCGGAUUGUUUCCAAGCCUUGGUCGUUUCUUGUAGCGACCAACAAGUAUUUACAGGCGGAGCCUACCUUAUCACCCUUAACUUUUGGAAGGGCUGUUUCAUUACGGCCUAUCACUACAACAUUGUCGCCAAUUUAGUUCUUCUUACCUGCGCAACUCAUCUAAUGUCGGUGGUUAUAUCCAAAGACUAUUGGAAAAGGCCCUUGCUGGCGGUGCUGCGGGUUUUCUUCAUCACCGCCGUAUUCAUCAUGACCGGGCUCCUCCUGUCGAACCAGAAUGUUAGCAAAGACAUUCCAUUCCCGACGAAGGUGCCUCCAAAGAACCAAACGGACAGUCUACUAUUUCUACAGGCAGCGUGCUUUCAAAAGGGAACGACGUGGACCAGCUCACGUAUACCCUGAUCGACUCAGUAAGGAACGGCACAGCUGCUACAAGGACGUUUCUAUAUAGUACGCCCGGAAACUACAUACAAGGCUGGAAUCUCUAUCUCGUGAUUCUCGCAUGGUAUGCAAUCUCCAUACUAGCAGAGCUGGGCCGAUG